GUUCCAACCAAAGCGCUCAGGCUCGGCGGGGUUUGGGGGAGGGUUGCUUUCGGAAGGGAUCAGAGGCGCGGCGGGUGCUGUGUCGCGGCGAUGGAGAAGCUGCGGCGGGUGUUGAGAGGAGACGACGACGAGGAGCAGGGCCUGACAGCGCAGGUCCUUGAUGGAUCAUCCUUGAGUUUUAAUACUCGCGUGAAAUGGUUUGCAAUAUGUUUUAUAAGCGGCAUUUUGUGUUCUCUCCUUGGGACAGGAUUGCUCUGGCUUCCAGGUGGACUAAAACUCUUUGCAGUGUUCUAUACCUUGGGAAAUAUUGCUGCUUUAGCCAGUACUUGCUUCUUGAUGGGUCCAGUGAAACAGCUGAAAAAGAUGUUUGAACCAACAAGGUUAAUUGUAACAAUUGUUAUGCUGCUUUCUUUGAUCCUCACGCUUUUUGCUGCAUUUUGGUGGCAAAAGAAAGGAUUAGCCCUGCUGUUCUGCAUUUUGCAGUUUUUGGCAAUGACCUGGUAUAGUCUGUCAUACAUCCCAUAUGCAAGGGAUGCUAUAUUGAAAUGCUUCACUUCUUGCCUAAGUUAAAGAGAAACAGAACUUUUUCCAGUGCUUGGAAACCUACAUAAUUUUUCCUAGGUUUACUCCAAGUGGUUCAGGUCUUGAAAUAGUGACAUCCUUCUUCACAAUGGGGAUUAAAUUGUAUUAGCAGAAGAACCUUUUUAAAAAAGUACAGAACCAGGGCAAUGAUACCAUCAUCACAAAACUCUUCAAUCCAUGCUUUUUCUAAAAAUAUUUUUCACUGGUCUUAAAAUUGCUGGAUGAAGGUCUGCUAACAUGAUUUAAUUUCAAAAUUAUAUAGUUUUUGAGUUUCAAGUAAAAUGCAUGUAAAUACAUCUGCCUCAUUUUUUAUAUUUUUCUUUCCAAUUUGUCUAUUAUGUUUUAUUUUUCAAAAUCCUACUAAAUUGUAAAAUGAAGAAUUACACUAUGUUAUAGCUACUGAGCCUCUUCAGAAAUGAUUAACAGUGGAGACGGCACGGAGAGAAAAAUGAGACUAUAAGAAAUGUUUUUCCCCAAAUUCAGAAACUUUGUGUUAGUCCUUUAUUUUAAAUGCCCAACUUUUUAUACUGUGAUACUUAAACACAUUUAAUUUGAGUAAUAUAUUAAAUCAUUAAAUAUUAAAAUAAAUAUUUAAAAUUA